AUGCCCCGACACAGUGUGCUGAGUGCCACAGCUAACCAGUGUCUUCUUCUUGUCCUUCAGGUCAACACCGUGAUGCAUUCUCAAGUCUUCAUUUCAGGCCUCAUACUACUUCUCCCAGGUGCUCUGGGUUCUUACACAGUAGUGGAAGAUGUGGUGGGUCACCCUGUGACACUACCAUGUACUUACUCAACAAAUGGGGGAAUCACUACCGCAUGCUGGGGCCUGGGUGAAUGUAAGCUUUUUCACUGUGCAAGAACACUUAUCUGGACCAAUGGCUACCAUGUAUCCUAUCAGAGGAACAGCCGAUACCAGCUCAAGGGUCAUAUUUCAGAAGGAAACGUGUCCUUGACAAUAGAGAAUGCUCUUCAGAGUGACGGUGGUCCAUAUUGUUGUAUAGUGGCAAUCCCUGGAUCUUUCCAAUUUGUGACCUAUUCCUUGAAAGUUAAACCAAGUAAGCUUUCUGUAUUUCCUUUGUUUAUUUCUUCAAGAGACCCUAAAAGACCCACAACUACAGGAAAACCCACAACUACAGCAAGACCCACGACUAUUUCAACAAUACCCACACAUGUAUCCACAUCACCCCAAGUCUCAUCCUCUUCUCAUCCAACACCAGCACAAAUACAGACUCACACACCAGAACCCACUACGAUUUAUCCACAUCUGACAACAGCUGAGGUGACAGAAACCACAUCCUAUCCUCUUGCAGGUAACAAGGUCUCCUCCCUUAUCCCCUUGGAAGGUCCAGAUCUUGAUGAAGCUGGUGAGGAAUAG